CGUAACCUAUUGUUUGUAAAAUAUGUAGCCUUUUGGGAGAGCACGGAUGAGCCUUCGCUCAAUGAGUUCCUGAAUUUUCGAUCCCGCGCAGGCGAUUUGGAAGAUGAAGUGACGGAACAUAAUCGCGAUUUGAUUGUGAGCAGUGCAUCACUUCACAGACUACUUUUCGGACUGCGUGUUCGUAAAGGAAAGACUGCGUGUUUGUCUGAGAAUUGUGUAUUAAUAUCGCGGUGUACUUUUUGGACUACUUUGCGGACUGUGUGUUUGCAAGGGAAAGACUGCGUGUUUGUCUGGGAAAAAACCGCGUGUUUGAAGGAAAGACUGCGUGUUUGUCCGGGAAAGCUGUGUGCUUGUAACGAUAAAAAUUCAAAGCGGGUAAAUUAUUUUUGGGAGUUGCAAAUGAAAAGACAAAACAUACAAAUGGAGAUUAAGUUACUCGAAGAGAAAAACGAAUUACUUGAGAAGGAACUGUCACACCAGAUUGCUCUUGAACAGACCCGACAUAUUCUGGAUGCGACGAGGGAGACUCGUAAUCAAGGUGCUUUAUUACAAAGUGAAGUUACGACAAAAAUCAAAAAACGCAUGUUGGAUAAAUCGGAUGCACCAUGUGAACAACCAAAAAGGAGAGUGAAAGCUACUAAUAGAGUUAAUAGAGUUGAAAGUGCAGAACAUUAUUCCAAGUCUUAUGAUCCGGAAGAGUGUAAGGAAGAAUGUAUUAAUGUGGAACAAGACGAAGAAAUUAUAAGUGAUGAACAAAACGUUUCCAAUGAAAUAGACGAGGGGGAUGAGACCGAAUUUGAAUCAUUGAACUCUUCUCCUCCUUUGUCCGAGGGUGACAAUGGUUCAGUUUACACUCCAAGCGAUAUUGAAGAUCAGAACCCUCCACCACCGUUAAUUCCAUCACAGCUCAAAGAUUUUCACAAAUACUUCACAGAUAUGAGUAAAGCUCAUAAAUGGGUUCUUACAUCUGGAAAGUGUAUCGAAGAUACUCUUUUUGAACACUGCAAGGAACUGCCAAAUGAAUCACUCUUACAUUCAUGGAUUAUUGAUCUUGAUGACCGAGAGGCAGAAGAACUAUUUACUAUAGAAGAGUGGAAAGAAAUCCAGCGUGAAACCAGAAAAUUUCCGGAAGUUGACGAAACAUUUGUAGAAUCUAUGAUGCGAUUUGCCGAUGUUGAAACAGAAAGCGAACUAAGGAAGGUCUUAGAAACAACAUCCUUCCGAAAUGAAGAUGAGCCUUAUGUCCAAGAAGAUCAUUUUGAUGCUGAAUGGGCUGAAACUGUGAUGAGGAAAUUCCUUAUGUAUUAUGAAAAUCAUAAUGAACCGCUAAAAAGAUCACAUCUCGAGUCUUGGUACGAUAUCAAUGUGUGGUCGCAUAUUGUUGACCAUGGUCUUUCCGAUAUAUUUGGAAUAGAAGUAGUCAGAAAGGAAUCAACAAGUGAUGCAGUAUCCACAAGAAAAAAUAGAAAAAGAAUAUGUACACGUUACAAGAAGCUUCCCCGUAAGAAGAUGGGGUAUAAGAUGGAUGGAUUAUUUCGAACUUAUCUAAAUAAUAUCGAGUACGGAGCAAUCGAAGUAGGAAAAAAAUUUGAUGAAACAAAAUUGCUAGCUGAUGGAUUUAAAAUUAGCAAAGCUAUGCAUGACAUCUUCGUAUGUUUGUGUAGACUUGUUAAUUUUGAAGAAACCAAGAUAAGGAAAUUACAAAUCCCGGGCAUUCUUCACUUGGGUCUUAAAUCACAAGUUUUACAAAUGAGUAGUCCUAAAGGAUAUGUAACAAUCUUAAAACGAGAUAAGCUUCUUGAGGUGCCAGCUACUAUUGAAAAAAUAAAAGAUCUUAUAAGAGUAUUGGUUAGCAUAUGGAAGAAAAUGAUCAAAGAUAAUAUGAAGAUAGUGUUCACUGUCCAAAAUCCAAAUGACUUCAAGCAAGAAUUAUUAGGCGAAGAAUCUCCGGAUGGAAUAGAUGUUCCAUGGUCUCUUGAUUCUAUUGUGUAG